AUGUUCGAAACGCAGAGGAGGCGUUCGUUCCCGCUCCCGGAUUACGAUCUGACCGACACGAGUCGCGUGGCCGUAACCAACCACGGACGCAUCCUCGACGAGCACUACACCCGGCUCCUGAUGGAGGGCCUCGAUCUGGACCUCGAUCUGGUGAUGCUCCUCGACCGGGUGCAGAAAGAAAUCCGGCUUGGUCGAGGACCGAUCGCCGCUACCGACCUGACGGUCGCCGGGUCCGUGGCCAGAGCGACUGGCAGCGCUGGCCGACACAUCCGGGAACGCGGGUUCGACAAUCAGUACUACCUGGACAUGAUCUUCACGCUAGUGCGUGAGCAUGGUCCGGUCGACCGCAGAAAUAUCGAUCAAGCCCUGAAGACGAAGCUUCCCGAUCGGCUAACGGACGAACAGAAACGGGCGAAGAUCAGUAAUCUCUUGCAGUACUUGCGGUUUUCAAUAAAGGGGCUCGGCGGAGCCCUUUGUGCGCUUGCCAAGCACCCGAGUCGCAACGCACACGGUACGGUGUUGCGUCGGCUGGUGGCGCCAGAUUCUGUGCCGCAACCAACGGCGCGCCUCCCGUUCCUGUCUCAUGCGCUCGUCGCGCUGACGUUGAUGAUUCCCGUCACCGCUUACGCCGCGCCGCAGGGCGACUCGGUAGACGCGUUCUUCGCGGUCGUCGGCGCAGAGCCGGAAACGGCGGCGGAUCUGACGGUCGCCGACGUGCGCGCCGCCAUCUCCGCCGGCGCGCCGCUCCAGUCGGACGGCGAACGCGACACGACGUCGUUGAUGUACGUCGCGGGCUACAACCCGGACCCUGACGUGAUGCGUGCGCUGCUCGCUGCCGGCGCCGAUGUGGCGGUGCGCGACCGGCACGGUUGGACGGCCCUCAACUUCGCUGCUGCCUUCAACACCAACCCCGCGGUCGUUCGGACGCUGCUCGCUGCCGGGGCUGAGACUGCCGCAAGCGGCGAUUACGAGGUGCUUCCCGCUCGCUCUGUGGCCGGCCAUAGCCCCGUACUGGACGUCAUUUCCGAUAUGAUCGACUACGGUGACGUGGAGAGCCCCCUGCCUGGCGGCGACGCCACGCUGAUGGCUGCGGCCGCCUUCAAUUCCAAUCCCGAGGUCAUACGUACGCUGCUCGCCGCCGGAGUGGCCGAGGUGAUGGCCCGCGCCGAGGAGGGAGAGACCGCUCUGAUGGCAGCCGCCGCCUACAAUGCGAAUCUGGAGGUUGCCCGCGUGCUGCUCGUCGCAGGAGCAGACGCAAACGCUGCUGACGAUACCGGCUGGACGAUCUUGAUGUCGGCCGCGCUUUCGAACCGAAACCCGGAGGCGCUGCAGGCAUUGAUCGACGCCGGCGCCGACCCUCACGCCAGGGCGGAGGCCGGCGAGACGGCGCUCAUGAUCGCGGCGUCGCACAACGAUCGGGACGUGCUGCAGCUCCUGCUCGAUCACGGCAUCGAGAUCGACGCGCGCGAUAGAGAGGGGUGGAGCGCCCUCAUGGCCGCGGCUGCCUUCAAUCAAGACCCCCAGGUCGGGCGUCUCUUGCUGGCUGCCGGCGCCGAAACGAAGCCCGGCGGCUCGGUAGGAUCCAGGGCUUUGAUAAUGCCCGGCUGGCCCGAGGAGAUCACCGCGGCCGGAGAGGCGAUCGGCGAGGCCGGCAUCGCCGCGUUCGAGCUCACCCCGGGCGGUGAGCCGGCCGUGUUGGUUGCGGCGCUCUACGGACAGAACCUCGACGUGCUGCAGGCGCUGAUCGACGUCGGUGCUGACAUCCUCGGCGCGCAUACGACGGACGGAUGGACGGCCGCGAUGGCGGCAGCCUUCAAUCCCAACCCGGACGUGAUGCAGUUCCUCAUCGAUGCCGGGACCCUGCUCGAUGCCGGCGCGCGCCUGGAGCCGGGCGCGGCGCCGGUCGAAACGGCGGCGACACCGGCGAUGACUUGCGCCGGCAGCGUCGCCGUCGGCGAGGCGCCGAACAGCGCUGAACUCAUCUCCGACUGUGAGGCUCUGCUGAGGGCCAGCGAUGCGCUCGAUGGCGGUGCCGGGGUGCUGAAUUGGGAUCUCGAUAGGCGGAUCGGUGACUGGAUGGGCGUAUCGCUCAGGGCUGACCGCGUGAUCGGACUGGAUCUUCGGGAAGCGGGGCUGCAAGGACGGAUCCCACAGGUGCUGGGUGCGCUCACCGAACUGGAGGAUCUGGACCUCGGCGACAACGAGUUGACCGGCGACAUACCGCCGGAACUGAGUGACCUCGCCAAUUUGUGGGGAUUGUUUCUCGACGAGAACCAGCUCUCCGGCAGCAUCCCCGCCGCGUUUGGUCAGAUUGGCACGCUUGUCAGACUGUGGCUCAGCGACAACCUGCUGAGCGGUCAUAUCCCCCCGGAGAUCGGGAAUCUCGACGAACUUCGCAGCCUUUGGCUGGACGACAACGAGCUGACCGGCCCGAUCCCGACGGAGCUGGGUAACCUCAGCAGUUUGCGGGGCCUGUAUCUGCACCACAAUCGGCUCACCGGAUCGAUACCAUCGACCCUCGCCAACCUUACCGAUCUCACCAGCCUGUGGCUGAGCGACAAUCGCCUGACCGGCGACAUCCCCCCAUCAGUUGGCACGUUGCACCGUCUGGACAGCCUGUGGCUUCACGACAAUCAGUUGACCGGCAGCAUCCCGCCAGAAUUGGGUGACCUCACCAAUCUGGAGGAGCUUUCCCUGUACGGCAACCGUUUGACAGGAUUCAUCCCCGGUGAGCUCUCCAACCUCCGCAACCUCGAGGACCUGUGUCUCGAUGACAACCGGCUGUCUGGAACCGUCCCACCCUGGCUCGGCUCACUCCGAUAUCUCGAGAGCGUCCGGCUCGAUGACAACGAGCUCACCGGCCCCAUACCAGCGGAACUGGGCGAUCUCACCCACCUCGUCGAGAUGGACCUCAGCUUCAACCGCCUGACGGGAUCCAUACCACCGGAGUUGGCGUCGCUCCGCGCUCUCAAGACUCUGGAUCUCAGCAUCAACCGGCUGACCGGGGACAUCCCCUCCAAACCUAGGCGAGCUGGAGAGCCUCAAGAAGCUAUUCCUCUACGACAACCGCUUGACCGGAUGCCUGCCGCAUGCACUGGCGCAGGCCAGGGACGAUGGGGAUCUGAGGGUGGAAACCGAUCAGCUACCCGAUUGCCCUGCUCCAUCCCCGGCCUCUGGAACGGGAUCAUCGGCUAUCCGCCGCGCCCGCGGCGCAAGGGGUUCUCGCGGCUCACCGUCACCACCGACGACGGGGCGGUGGGCAUGGCGCCGGGUCCGGGGCCGAACCAGGCGCUCAUCGAGCAGUUGUCCACGGUCGUGAUGGGGCAGGAUCCGUUGGCGGCCGACGCGCUCUGGCAGCGCAUGUACCAGGGGAACUGGCGCAAGCCGGUCGCCAAGGGCGAGCACAUCCGCGCGAUGGGGGCGAUCGACAACGCCCUCUGGGACCUGCGCGGCAAGGUGACCGGCCAGCCCGCGUGGAAGCUGCUCGGCGGCGCGCAGCGCGAGCUUCCCGUGUACGCGGCCGGAGGCUACUACCAGGAAGGCAAGGGGCUGGCCGAGCUGGCGGCCGAGGCGGCGCACGCGGUGGAGCUGGGCUUCCGGGCGGUGAAGAUGAAGAUCGGCUGGUCGGGGGUGACGCUGCGCGAGGACGCGGACCGGGUGCGCGCCGUGCGCGACGCGAUCGGCGCGAACGUCGAUCUCAUGAUCGACGCGAACAACGCCUGGGACUUCGCCACCGCGCUGCGCUUCGCGCGCCUGGUCGAACGGCAGCGCGGCGCGCUGGCCCGCGCACAGCCGAUCCCCAUCGCCAGCGGUGAGAACGAGUUCACCCGCUGGGGCUUCCGCGACCUGAUCGACGCGCGCGCCGCGCACUUCAUCCAGGCCGAUCCGAACGUCUGCGGCGGGCUCACCGAGUGGGUGAAGAUCGCCGCCUACGCCGGCGCGCACCACCUGCCGAUGGCCCCGCACGGUGACGGCCAUCUGGGCGCGGUCGCGGUCGCCGCGGUCACCAACGGGCUGAUCGUCGAGAUGGGUCCGGCGCUGCUAUCGACGAGCUGA